GCCGAGGUAGAGGACGCGACGCCGCCGCAAAAUUCGCCACAAGUGGCGCGUAUAGCACCGCGCGCUCCUACACGUGUGUCUAAUCGCUGCGGCAACCGCUGCGCGGGGACGCCGCGCCGCAUUCAGCGCCGAGGCAAGCACUCGCAUCACUGCUGCAGCACACCCAAGACGCCGCAUCACACGCGCACCGAUGGCCGCCGCCCCGCGCCGCGACGUCCACGUCACGCAAUGGGUCGCCCGCCCCGCCUUAGGUUCCAGGCACGAGGAGAUGGGUUUACUAGGCGUCGCGAAAGUAGUCUUGCGAAUACUUCUCGUCUUAGGAGCGACCGCAUCAGCACUCGUAGCCGCAUGUGUGAUAAAGUGCUUGGUGUUUCCCAUCGACAAGGUCAUAGGGAGGGCCUGGCUCGACCGGUACGUCGUGGCCGCGUGGGCGGACGCGGUUAUCGGCGGUCCGAUACUACCGCGGGGGCCCGCACUCAAGCUGUCCGGAGAGCUCCCGGCACCUGAACGACGCGCUGGUAUUCUCAUAGCGAACCAUCAGUUGGACACGGACUGGUUCUACUUGUGGGACGUGUGUCGAGUUGUGGGCGCGCACGGCGCAUUGAAGAUUGUUAUGCUCGACGACAUGCGGACCGUACCUCUGGUGGGCUGGAUCGCGCGGUUAGUUGGUUUUAUCUUCGUGUCUCGGAGGAAGCGGCACGCGCGACCGCAGAAUGAUGUGGAAGAAAUACAGAGAGGUGUAAGUGAAAUAGCGGAAGGCCAGGCGCCGUCCCUGAUCUUAUUGUUCCCGGAGGGGACGACGGUGAACGAGGAGGCGAAGCGGAAAUCGGACCAGUACGCUUCGUCGAAGGAGCGGCCUAGACAUGAACUACUACUAGCACCUCGGACGGCCGGCUUCGUCGCGGCGUGUCGGGGCUAUGUCGCGAGAGGUGUACCUCUAGACGACAUCAUAGUCUACGACGCAACCAUGGCCUACGCGGGCUACCGAGGCGAAGUGCCGGCCUGGGACCUGGGCUUCGAGCGGAACGACGACGUAGAUUUACCGAACGCCGCAAAAUUGUUCAAGGGGGCCCACGGCGACCAUGUCCGCGUCCAUGUGAACGCGUACCGGGCGUCGGAGAUCUUCGAGGACGACAUUCGGGAAAAUGGCGAUCAGAAAGCGACAAAGUGGCUCGACGCAAGGUGGGUCGAAAAAAACGCGCGGAUGAAGGCUUUUGCGACGACUGGUGAUUUUGAGGCGAGUGAUGUCGGAGAAACGGUCCUCCUCAAGCAGCCGGCCAUGCUGUUGCCCUUCGCGUUGUUGACGGCGGGCUGGCUCGGUAGUUUAUCAUUUGCGGCGUUCGUCGCGUUCCUGGCUUUCCUGGUACUCUUACCGGUGCUGCUCAUAACCAUGUGCGGGGCCUUCGCUUGUUGCUUAGUUGUGGUUCCUUGCAUCGGUCUAGGUUUGUGCGCCUUGGGGCCGUUAGCGGCAGCAAAGCGCAUGUACGAGCACGAUCGACGCGUCGCGUCGCCAUUACUACGGCGGCCCUCAGAUAAAUUUGAUGAUGAUGGCGACGAGCCCGUCGUCGUGCAGCAGUGAGCGUGGGUGUCGGUGUGUUGAUUUAUGUAUUUUGAGGCGCUGAGGACGAAAGUGAGCUUUCCUGGGGGUAUGAGAGGGCGCCAGAGGGCAUGCCCGGCUCACUACCGGGGGUGACCCCUCUCGCACGCGAUGCUUUGAGAAUGAAGCCUACGAAGCGCCUUUGUUUUUUUCCGUUUGCGACCGACGCGUCGCUCGUUGGCUCUGACGCGCGCCGUCCCGCCGCAGGUCAAAGUCCGACCCGUGGGUCUUCGACGACGAGGGCGAGGACUCGGCCGACACGCCGCUGGACAACGGGAGUGGGACGCCGGAGCCCGCGACGCCCGCGUGAGGCUAGGAUGGCGUCGUCUGGUUCGCUUCUGCUCGGUCCCAUGACGGCGCUUGGGCUUGUGCCGCUCCUGCGCCUGACGACCGGGCGGGACCGGCCUCCCUCUGGACAUAGAUACUGUAGUAAUUCGUUUUUUAGUA